AUGUCUCGCAGUAAUAAGCUGGCUCCGGAGGCCAACCGCAUCCUUUUUGUCAAGAACCUCGCUUACAACAUCGACUCUCCCGCUCUGUUCGACCUCUUUGGCAAGUUCGGUCCCAUUCGACAGAUCCGUGCUGGGACCUCCAACACCACCAAAGGAACCGCCUUUGUUGUCUAUGAGGAUGUCUUGGACGCAAAACAGGCCUGUGACAAGCUCAAUGGCUUCAACUUUAUGAACCGCUACCUCGUCGUCCUUUACCAUCAACCGGAAAAGAUGAAGGUGGAGGCCAAGGAGGACAUUGCCGCCCGGCAGGAAAAUCUCCAACGUGUCAAGAAAGAGCAUGGGAUUGAAUAA